AUGCCUUUUUAUUUUAAGAUUCGAAUUUGUUGGAUAAUUCUGAUACUUUUCUGCAUUGGAAGCAUUUGGUGGUCUGAUGUCUUUAGAGAAUUUACUCCAAAAUUUACAACGGCGAUCAGGAAAGGGUCUGAAACAUCGCUUCGAAACGAAUAUUCAGUGGAACUUACAAACGAUCGAAAACUUGAAGGUCGCUUGAUAGCCCGCAGAAAGAUGGUCGAAGAUUACUGCAAGAAGCACAAAACAAGCCACCCUCUAUUAGGAACUAACCUCCGCUAUUUUCUUGUCUUUCGGAAGAGAAAAAUUAUCUAUUGUUAUAUUCCGAAAGUUGCAAGCACACAAUGGAAAAAAGAGUUGUUGGUUUUAAAAGAAGAAGAUGAACAAGUGUAUCGUCAUGCAAAUGUCACCGUGGCUAACAACAACUUGAAUUACUACCCCGCGCAAGAAGCUGAAAAAAUGUUGAAGAAUUACUUCACUUUCCUCUUUGUUCGUGAUCCGUUGGAACGCAUACUCUCUGCUUACAAAGACAAGUUACUAAAGGACAACAAAAUUUUUCGACGUGCGAUUGGCAGAAAAAUCAUCGCACAAUUUCGAUCCAAUGCUACUCGACAUGCCCUCGAAACAGGGAGUGAUGUCACGUUUCCGGAAUUCAUGAAUUUUCUUCUGAAAACGCGGGCGUACACUUACGAUGAACACUGGAAACCAUUUGACAACCUUUGCCAUCCUUGCACGAUAAACUAUGAUUUUAUUGGAAAAUAUGAGGAUCUCGCUGAGGAAGCUCCUUAUUUGGUAAAAAAGGCGGGAAUUGACGACCGCGUUUCGUUCCCGCCCUUUCGAGCGUCGAACACCACCGCUGACCUGUUACAUUAUUAUUCACAAAUUCCUACCACAAAAAUUUUACAAUUAGCCAAAAUAUACGAAAGCGAUUAUAAAAUGUUUAAUUUUCCAUUCCCAGGUAAACUAGCAAAGUUGUUUGAUUCUAAACAUAGCUAA